AUGACCUUCAACAAGAAGGUACCAGUGCCCGAGGCCACCAAGGCAGAGCAGUCAGAGGCUGGCUCCUCCGUGCUGGCGUCGCCGGAGCUCUUGGUUUCUUUCUGGGCCCAUCGUGCAAGCGCCCUGCUCCAGCAGCGCUUCAUCCAGCACAGGUCCCCCGCAGACGCCGAGGACGCUGCCCUGCUACAGGAUGCAAGCAUCUGCAUGUGUGCAGGUCUACUGGCCCGAAAUCCGAAGUACGGCAGUUUUCUGAUCUACCUGAUUGGUGCAGACCUCAAGGCCGAAACGGGCAUGAAAACCCAGAUGGCAGAGGACGGCUUGCACAUUUUCAGCUUGCUGUCUCAGGGACAAGCAGCAGAGGAAUCAAACAAAAAGGCCUGCAUGGAGUCCCUCGAAUGCACCUUCGCCAAACGUCGCUGGCGGGAUAUGCAGCAUAUGUACAGUCACAUUGAGGCCGAAAUGGUGGCGGCGGAUUCUGCCAUGGAGGUGGCGUUGUGCCCCGGCCGCGUGCCCUACUCACAAGGCAGCGUGGUCCGGGGAGUUUUCCGAGAAGUCGUCGACUUCUUGAUGUACACGCCUGGCUCUCGGACCUCAGUGGGCACAGGGUUGUGCCAGAACAGAGAUGCUGGCAAUCGCCAGUUGGCCAACGACGCCGUGAAAGAAACGGAGGUCAGAAGAGGCGGAAGGCCGGAAAUACUUGUCGAAGGGCUGCUCCUUCGACUUCCUCGUUUCCGGGGAUCGCUUGGGCCAGGCCUAAGCUCCACCACCGGGGUGCCAGAGCUCGACGCACGUGCUCAGUCUUUCGGCGCUGCGAACAGCGCCGUGCCGACGCAAAGUUCGAAGGACGCGGUGUCCCGUAACGGAUUCACACCAGCAGUGGCGUUGAGACUACAGGCCCUUUUGCUGGAGACCUUGUUGCUGCUAUCCGCAGCAGUGGCUCGGCCCCGUGAACCGGACGAGGAACAGCUUGAGGUGCGUGCUGCGCCGUACCUUUCUCCUGGAGAGGAGCUGGCUAGACCCGCCGCAGGCGCACCCGCCAAGAACGGAAAGCUCAAGGGGUCGGAGGCAGAGGCAGCUCGCGCACCCGGGCCAAAGAUGCCGGGCGCAGGGGACGCUGCCUUGCCACUCCUUGGGGCCCUGCAAGAGGUGUUGCAGGAGGAGGACCAGGAAGAACAGGUCGCGCCGUCGACAGGUCCUGCGACCAACGGCACCUCCGCCGCAACCCCAGCCGGCCCAGUCCCCCAUCCGGACGCCAGGGAACUCCGCGUGCAGGCCUUCCUGGCCACCCUGCUGAACUUUAUCUGGUUGGAGCCAUUCGCGGGGCUGCUUCCGAAUCCUCCCAAGGAGGUGUUGCAGCUCGUCAACAGACACCCAACGCAGCCGGACAACGCGGACGCGAGCCUGAACAAGGGCGCCGAGGUCUCCCGCAUGUACCUUGCCAGCUCCGAGCUCAUGCCGGGGCUCCCCUCUGGCUACGCAGGAGACGAGGGCGCCGGCUCUGGCGAGGCGGCCAGCGCCGGGAAGGCCUUGGCGAAGAGGGCGCUGGCGGUCCUCCUGCUGCUGCUGUUUUAUGACACCAAGGAGUACCCAGACCUGGCCGCCGCCUUUGCCACCUUGGCCGACCCUCGCCAGAGCUCUGCCGGGGAUUGCGCCUAUGCCGCCCUGGCGGCACCGUUGCAUUUCCCGCGGCUCCUCAGGGCCAUCCUGCAGAAGCUACAGGAGCCAGGGUACCCCAUCCUCCUCUACGGCCUGGUGGUGCGGACGUCCAGCUUCCGGAAAUUCUGCGCCAGCAGCCCGGAGAAGGUGCUGCCCGCAGUGCUGGAAGCGCUCAGCGCUUUGCCGGCCGGUGAGAGCAAAGCCACCGCCUCCACCCCACCGGCUGCCAGUGCGCUGCUCAUCGUCCUUCUCUGCCUUACAGGGGACAGGGGCUUCUGCGAGCAAUGCUCCGUGGUCCACCUCGAGGACGCCCGAAGUGUGCUUGGCAACUCGCAGAGAUCGAUACGCGACAUUUCACUGUCCUCGCUGCUGGUGGUUGUGCUUCUCCGUGUCGCACAUUGGAACUUCGGGGCGUGUCGCGACUCGUUCUUGAACAGGGCGAUUGCCGGCACAUUGGGAAACCUCGCCGGUCAUGGUGUCGAGCAUGUGCACUGGCAUGCCGCCACCCGGAUGCUUGAGGUCGCGGGGCUCUUGGCGCGCAACGCCGUCAAGGCCCCAACUCCCGCACGCGGCGCUGCUGAUGAGGCAGAGCUGCAUCGAUCCAGGAUGGUCAAGGCGCUGCUCCGCUCGCUUCUGAGGCUGGUCUCCAGCUGCUUGCGCGGCCCGCGAGUGACUACCAACACUCAGCUCGUCUAUGCCCUGCAGAAGGACUACCCGUCGCAGUUUACCCAGCUGGAAGCCGACCCCGACAUGGGCCCUCCGCUCAUCCACGCACGAACCGCCACGGACUGGUUCGAGGCGCAGUGCCCUCCCAACGAUGACGGCAGCGUGGCGGUCGAGGAGCACCUCGCCCGCUUGGAGGAGGCCUCCAGCCGGCUGCCUUCAGAGUUGAUGACCCUGGCAUCGGUCGCCGGAGCCAGCGUCUCCGCCUUUGCCGAGACGGAAGACGUUUCGGCCUAUUUCCUUCCAUCGAUUUGGCGGGCGGCUCUCAAGCUGAUCCCGGAGCACGUGUGCUGGAGUCCAGCUGCGGCCGCCAAGACCUGA